GCGAGUCCUUCCGGGAGGACUCCAAGAAGGAGGAGCGCUCACCUUUGAGCUCCUCCACAGCGCGGUCUCUGCAACAGCACCACCCGUCUCAGGUGGCUAUCCCAGAAGUCGGAGGUCGCGGGUUCGGUGCCCGCAUCAGGCAACAGUGCCACUGUUAUCUUCAGGGUUGCAUUCUUUUUGUCCCGCUUCUCCGCCUUCAGAGCCAAGAUGGUGAGCCCGACAACUUCUGAAGUGCAGCCCACCAUGGGGGUCAAGAUCUUCUCAGCCGGUGUGGCGGCCUGCCUGGCAGACAUCAUUACCUUCCCGCUGGACACCGCCAAAGUCCGCCUUCAGAUCCAAGGUGAAGGACCAGCCUCCAGCACCAUUCGGUAUAAAGGUGUCCUAGGGACCAUCAGCACCCUGGCAAAAACAGAAGGGGUGCCGAAACUGUAUAGCGGUCUGCCUGCGGGCAUUCAGAGGCAAAUCAGCUUCGCCUCACUCAGGAUUGGCCUCUACGAUACUGUCCAAGAGUACUUCGCUUCAGGGAGAGAAACACCUGCCACUUUGGGGAACAAGAUCUCGGCUGGCUUAAUGACUGGAGGUGUGGCAGUGUUCAUCGGGCAACCUACAGAAGUCGUGAAAGUCAGAAUGCAAGCACAGAGCCAUCUACACGGCAUCAAACCCCGCUACACUGGGACCUACAAUGCUUACAGAAUUAUAGCCACAACAGAAAGCUUGUCAACACUCUGGAAAGGGACAACCCCUAAUCUAAUGAGAAAUGUCAUCAUCAAUUGUACAGAGCUGGUAACAUAUGACCUCAUGAAAGGGGCCCUGGUGAAUAACCGAAUACUGGCAGAUGACGUUCCAUGCCAUUUGCUGUCAGCACUUGUUGCCGGCUUUUGCACCACACUCCUGGCCUCUCCAGUGGAUGUGGUGAAAACGAGAUUCAUCAACUCUCUACCAGGACAGUACCCGAGUGUGCCCAGCUGUGCAAUGACCAUGUUCAACAAGGAAGGACCAACGGCCUUCUUCAAAGGGUUUGUGCCUUCUUUCCUGCGACUGGGGUCCUGGAACGUCAUCAUGUUUGUGUGCUUUGAGCAGCUGAAAAAAGAACUGAUGAAGUCAAGGCAGACAGUGGACUGCACCACAUAAAUGGAUGGAGAAAAUGAUGCUACGUGUAUGUCAAUGGGUCCCUGUGCUGGGUCCCAUGAAUAAAACUAACCAGACAAACCGA